GAUUAAAACGUUAACUUCUCUGUGCUCAUAGUUCUCAUGUAAUACUUCAUUUUCUUCAAAGUUAUGUAUUUUUACAAAAUCCACUAUUUCUCGGGAACGGUAUGUAGGAGCAUUUCUGCUUCUAGAUUCGUUUUUGGUAUGAGAAAUUCUUUGAGAAUCACAUAUUGGAUUUUACAAAAAAAUUUCGUAUUGUACAGUUUAAUUAAGAUUAAAAUAUCUUCUAAACCAAUAGUUCUUUGAUACAAACAUGUUAAUGCAGAUUCAUAGAGAAUGGUAAGUUGAAUCAAACUGUAGAAUAGUAAAUAUAUGAUUCCAUUUAAUGUAACAAUUCUAUGGUUCCAUUUAAGAAAAAUACUUCAGCUUUAUAUGUUACCUAAACAUUUACAUAAGAAAGAACUAACCAUGUUGGAUUUUCCCGCUUGAUAUUAUAGUGUUUGAUUUCUUUUAUUUGGAAUAUUUUUUAUAAAAAUUAUUACUGUAGGAGAAAUCUAAUUGGUUUCAAUCAUUACUGUAUGUACGUACCUUUAGAGGAAUUUCGCUCACUGUAACUUAUAUACGCGUUAUAAUACGCGUUAAUUAUAACAAACGUUUGAUAUUUGGCUCGAAAACUGAGUGAAAUUCAAAGUGAAAAAGCCAGAUAUCCGAUAAAAGCAGCAGUUGCUCAAUCGAAGCCGAUGAUAUCGGAAAAUGCUCGGCCUCUCAUUUCAUUGAAGUCGAUUUCAAGUGGUUUAAAAGCGUAGGGACUCUCAUAGAUGAGAGACGCUUUAAAAAAAUUUACUUUGUUCGCCUCCUUUCAGCGAUGGUCUCUUACAACGUCGUCGUCGGCGACACGGUGACGAAAGUGCUAAUAAGGGUGACGGGGAUAAGCGAGACGAACAUUUUCGCGCACCGUCAAGUGGUCGUAUUUUUCGCGACCGCUUGCAUCACUAUACCGCUGUGUCUUUAUAGAAACGUUGCUCGUUUGGCCAAGAUCUCUUUCCUCUCGCUGGUGUGCGUCGGCUUCAUCCUCUUGGCCAUCUUAAUACGGAUGGGUACGAUGUCAGCAAUUGUACCGAGCCAAGGUGAUAGUUGGCGGUUUGCGAAUUUUCCUGGCGUAAUCCCAUCGAUCGGGAUCAUGGCAUUCGCGUUUAUGUGCCACCACAAUACGUUCCUCAUCUACGAGUCCAUAGAAAGGGCCACGCAACAAAAGUGGGACGUCGUGACACAUUGGUCACUGUUCACCUCGUUUCUGAUCGCGACGGCAUUCGGUAUCAUCGGCUACGCGACGUUCACUGCUUACGUUCAGGGUGAUCUCAUGGAAAAUUAUUGCUGGGACGACGACCUGAUGAAUUUUGCAAGGGUCAUGUUCAGCGGGACCAUCCUGUUGACCUUCCCGAUCGAAUGUUUCGUUACCAGAGAGAAAUGUACAAAACUUGUUUCAAAGGACGGAAACUAUAUGAAAAAGAAUUUAAAACAGAAAUGCCUCCACUGAAGCGUUUUAUUUCAUUAUUGUACUACAUAAUGGGGUAAGUUAUUAUGCACGUACAGUGCUAUUCACUUGGAUAGCCUCGAAUAGCCCAUAUCCCUUUUUGAUAGGGAAUUAUAUGUAGUAUGAAUAAGAUGCCAUAGAUAUGUAAAUAUACGCAAUUUAGAUAUACAUAUGUAUAAAAUGAUGAAAUGUAGAAUUGUUGUAAAUGUUCCUUCUCUGAUAUAUCGCAAAGCAUCAAGUAUGAUUGACACUAUGACUAAUCACUUGAGGCUGUUCAUGUGGAAGCCAGAAGUCCUUUAUAUUUUUAAUAAUAACUUAUUUUCUAAGUGUGUACAUCAGUAUAAACUAAUGUCAUCUGCUAAUUUAUAAUGCAAACGGGUCUAACUAAUAAGCAAAAAUUUCCAGCAAAAUUUCGUUCUUUGACAUAAGCUUACAUGCAUAUAUCAAUUUUAAUUCCUCAUUAUUAGUUAUAAUUUCUUUAAUAUCGAUAAUUUUAAUUCUUUAAACUUCUCCUUCUCCGCUGAUUGCUAAACAAACAAUAUUCGAAUGUUCGACGUUAUGUGGUGGUACAUCAUUAUUUUUUUAACACAGUCUAGCCAGAUUUCUUUCGUUAUUAUACAGAGUGGAGAAAUAACUAUUACCACCUCAAAUAUUUUCUAAACUAUAAGUUUUACAAAAAUAUUUCUUGGCCGUCCAGUGAUAAUAGUUUUUCAGCAGGUGGAGGUACUUCGGACAUUUGAAGGUCAUCACCAUUUUCUUAAAUGGAUCGGUAUAUUUUUGCUUUCGUAUCAUGAUAGAGAAUCUUAA